CUCAGAUCAACAAAACACUACUGACGAAGAGACUCUUCCGAAACAAUGGAAGCAAUGGCGAUGCGGCUUCGAUCGGCCAUAGCUAUUUCUUUCCUCGCUUCUCUGUAUUUAGUUGCCGGAUCGUCUUCUUCCGAGCUUCAGAUCGUCAACGCUGAACGCAGAGUAGACCUGACUUCUCACAUUGUUCGGACUUACCUGACUUUGAAGGUUGAAAAUUUAGGAGAUUCUCCCACUUCGGAAAUCCUUCUCUGUUUCCCACCAGAACAAGCUGAUCAUCUAGCGGUUGUAAAAGCAGCAGCCGUGUCUGGCAAGAAGAAAAAGACCUCUUAUCUGCCACUUGAGGUGAAGCAAGCGAACCGUCCUGAUGGGCCAAAUGGAGCUAAAUACUAUUCUAUAUCUUUGCUUAAGUCGUUGAGCAAAGGUGAAUCUGUCUCCAUCGAAGUGCUCUAUGUGCUCACCCAUUCGCUUGCACCUUUCCCAGUAGAAAUAAGCCAGUCUGAUUCGCAGCUAGUGUAUUUUCAUGAUAGUGCUAUAAUACUAUCGCCGUAUGUUAUUAAACAACAAGUUACAUUUAUAAAGACACCAAGUGCUAAGAUUGAGUCCUUCACAAGUAUGGAGCCAACUGAUCAUGCUGGGGCACAAAUAAAGUAUGGGCCAUAUGAGGAACGACCCCCAUAUUCUUACUUUCCCAUAAUUGUUCAUUUUGAGAAUAACAAUGCAUUUGCUGUUGUUGAGGAGCUUGUACGUGAAAUUGAAAUAUCUCACUGGGGCAGUAUCCAGAUAACCGAGCAAUACACUUUAAAGCAUGCCGGUGCUCGGCACAAGGGUGUUUUCUCAAGGGUUGAUUACCAAUCUCGACCAUCUCAGAGCGGUGUUUCAUCAUUCAAGAACCUCCUUGCCGAAUUACCUCCUAGAGUUCACUCAGUGUACUACAGGGAUAGUAUAGGGAACAUUUCUUCCUCUCGUUUGCGCACAAAUGCAAAGAAGUCAGAGCUUUUGAUUGAGCCACGAUACCCUUUAUUUGGAGGUUGGAAAGCCACCUUUGUCUUAGGAUAUGUGGUUCCAUUGAAUGACUUUCUUUAUGAAUCCGCUAAUGGUGAUCGCUACCUAAAUUAUAGUUUUGGGCCCCCUCUGGCAGAGACUGUUGUUGACAAGAUGACCAUCAAGGUGGUCCUUCCGGAAGGUUCCAAGAACCCAUAUGCUGUGGUACCUUUUCCUACUGAACAGAGAUUAGAGAAGAAAUAUUCAUACCUUGAUGUGGUGGGGAGGACUGUGGUGGUCCUGGAAAAGAAAAAUGUAGUUCCUGAGCACAACUCUCCUUUCCAGGUUUACUACCAGUUCAGCCCAAUUUUCAUGCUUGCAGAGCCACUGAUGUUGACUGGCGCCUUUCUCCUUUUCUUCUUCGCUUUUGUUACUUAUUUGCAAAUGGAUCUCUCCAUCCGCAAAAUCAAGAACACAUAACGGUAACGUAUCACGACACUUCUUCCACUAGUGGGGUCAAAACUCUCUAGAUUCAAGGUAGAAUACAUUACAAAGUUGAUGUUGAAAACUUAUCAAUCAGUCUCCCUGACCCCUUUUAUUGGGAGAGAAGUCCCAUUCCUCAUUGUCUUUGUGAUAUAUGUAACGACGUCAUAUUACAGGUGUUCUUUGGGAGAGUAGAAACUCAUUGUCCUGGCUCCUUCUUGAACCCAAUAGUCAUUUACCCUUGUGGGUAGUAGAUGAUAUUAAUGUCAUUUCGCAACUCAAUGUUCCUCUCUUUCAUAUCAAACUUACCACUUCUAAAUUCCAAUUCUUCCGUUGGGUCUUUUGAAAAUAGUCUCUCGCAUUUUUGAAUUAUGUAGAAAUAGUAAUACUUCCUCCGUCCUAAAACUAUCUUCUCACUCCCCCUUUUUCUCCGUCCUAAAACUUUUUUCCCAUUUCUUAAAAAAAGUACGAAUGGACUAUUUUACCCCUCUCUCAUCUCUCUCAACCUGCUUCUCAUCCCUCUCCUACCAUACGUUAUCUUCGUCUCUCAAGUCGCAUCCCUCUCCUUCGCAAUAUCUCCGGCUUUCCUCCAUCUCCAUCUCUCUUCUCUCCCUCUCGAAAUCACGAAAUCUAAACAUAACCCUCUCCGUCUCUCUUGGGCUCCCCCCACCCCCUCAAAAUCUAGAUCCAAUCUUCUUCUCUCUAUUUUAAUCUCUAGAUCUAAUUGUUUCUCUUCCUCAAAACAUAGAUCUAAUCUUUUGUUUGAAAACCCAGUGGCAGCGAUAUUGAGCAGUAGAAGAGAGCAGACAAAAUGGAGGCUGGAAACGAAGCAAUUAGAAACUGCAAGAGCAUAAGGGUGAUGUUGUUGCUGCAAGACACUUGCUCAAUGCACUUGAAGAGGAAGCAAUUUCAUCAUUCAUUUUAUUUAAAUUUGUGUAGUUGCUAUUUUGAUUUUUUAAUUUUUUUAGAACCGGAUGUUGAUUCAAGAAUCAUGCCUCCGUGAAAGAAGAAAACAUCAAGAACGAA